AAAAAACGCAAAACACACCUCUGUGAGGAAGAAGAAGCAGAAACCCAUGACGAAACAUGCGACAAAACGUCACUAAAGACUAGGAAAAAGCUUGGAAGAAGAGUCGGAGGCAAGCCCAAGAACAUCAAAUGACUGGAUGCGCAUCCGCAUGGAAUCAUUGACUCCGCCGUAGUCAAAGUCCUCCCUUCCUCAAUCCUCCUCCAUGUCUUCUUCAUCCCAGACUACUUACUAUAUAUUGAAUGAUACCCACUUUGCAGCAGCUGAACGAGUAUUGAAUCCUCUCUCUUCUUUCUUUUUCUUCUUCUUCAGCAAUGGCGUUAAAAGUCCUUUCUGCCCUUGACACUGCUAAAACCCAGUAUUACCACUUCAAGGCCAUCAUCAUCGCCGGCAUGGGUCUCUUCACCGACGCCUACGACCUCUUCUGUAUUCCUCCCAUCAUGAAACUGAUCGGACGGAUCUACUACGAGGAUGAGCCAAACCAUGAGAAGCAAUACGAAACCCCAGCCUUUGUGGUCUCCCUCUUGGUAGGGCUGGCGCUGCUGGGGACUGUGAUUGGUCAGCUCGUCUUCGGCCGCCUCGGUGAUCAGAUCGGGAGGCGGCGCGUAUACGGGCUCUCAUUGAUGCUCAUGGUGCUGAGCUCCAUCGGAUGCGGCUUCUCCAUCUGCAGGACUCGGAACUGCGUGUUGGUGACUUUGGGAUUCUUCAGGUUCAUGCUCGGCAUCGGGAUCGGCGGUGAUUAUCCGUUGUCGGCGACGAUCAUGUCGGAGUUCGCCAACAAGAAGACGCGUGGCUCGUUUAUCGCCGCUGUUUUCUCGAUGCAGGGCUUUGGGAUUCUCGUCAGCUCGACCGUAACGAUGGUGGUUUGUUCGAUAUUCAAUGCUGCGUCGAAUGCAAAGAAGAAUCACACGCCGGAGGAGGCGGACUUAGUAUGGCGGCUGAUUCUGAUGUUCGGCGCAAUUCCGGCUGCGAUGACGUAUUAUUGGCGUAUGAUGAUGCCUGAAACUGCCAGGUACACAGCUCUGGUGGAACAAAAUGUCCUUCAAGCAGCAAAGGACAUGGAGAAAGUGUUGGAUGUUUCAAUGAGUCAGAUUGCAGAAGAGUAUGAAAUCCCACCAAAUCCACCUUCUUAUCCUCUCUUCUCCAAGGAAUUCUUCCGUCGCCAUGGCCGAGAUCUCUUCUCUUGCGCCACUACUUGGUUUCUAGUGGAUGUCGUCUUCUAUAGCAGUAAUCUUUUCCAGUCUCAGAUUUACAAGAACUACCUCUCAAAGAAGGAAGAGAUAAAUGCAUAUACAGAGGCCUUUGAGGUUGCUAGAGUCCAAGCAAUCAUUGCAGUUUGUUCAACAAUUCCCGGAUACUGGGCCACUGUCUCUUGCAUUGAUCGCAUUGGAAGGGUUAAAAUUCAAAUGAUGGGGUUCCUCUUCAUGGGCCUUGGCUUACUGGCAAUUGGGAUACCUUACUACUCUACCUGGGAUGAAGACAUGGGGAAUAAAGGCAAGAAAUUUGGUUUCAUGCUCCUUUAUGGCCUCACCUUCUUCUUUGCCAACUUUGGACCAAACACAACCACAUUCAUAGUUCCUGCUGAGCUUUUCCCUGCAAGAUUCAGAUCAACCUGUCAUGGCAUUUCUGGGGCUGCUGGAAAGGUGGGGGCAAUUAUCGGGUCUGUGGGCUUCCUGUGGGCUUCUCACAAUAAGGAAGAGAAAGGGUAUCCCAAAGCAAUUGGGAUGCAAUACUCUUUGGUGAUUCUGUCUGGGGUCUGUUUCAUGGGAGUGGUGGUAACCUAUUUUUUCACCCGUGAAACCAAGGGAAGAUCAUUGGAGGAGAAUGAGAUUGAGAAUGAGAAUGAAGAUGGAAGCAAUGACCGGGUCCUCCUCAGGUGUUUCACAAAUUGCAGUGUGCAGUCACAUCCAUCAAUUAAUGAAGGGGCAGCUGCAUAGAGCGAAACUCAUCGCGGAUUCAUUUCUUUAUCCAAGUAACAACUGCAUCCCAUCUCUCUGUGUCUCAUAGUGUUUGUUCUAUGGUUUGUACAUACUAGGCACGAAUGUAUAAGUAUUUGUGAUCCAUGCAUUGAUGCAACAUGAUAUCAUUUGUGAAAUAGCAGAUUUUCUUACAUGAGGA